CAACAACAUUAGACGACGACGACUACGUAAACGACAACGGCAGCGUUUGAUUAAUUAAUAGCAACAAAAUUGCUGAAAUUUAAGACAACAGCAACAACAAUAACAUAUCCUGGAUAAAUUGAGAGCAUUGUCUAGCCGACUGCUGAAUAACGGUGAGCAGCAGUAAGGGAGAAAGACGAAAUCAAAAGGAGUAGCGCCGUGUAGAGCGCGUGCGCGACAACAAAUCAAAUCAAAUCAAAUUUGUUUGGUAAACACAAAAUAGCAACAUUUUAACUGAAACAAUGGACUUUAUGAUGGCUAAUACGGGCGCCACCGGCGUGGAGACACAGGCGCAGUUGAUGCAGAGCGCUGCCGCGGCAGCUGCCGUUGCAGCCACAAAUGCGGCAGCACCGGUGCAGAGUGCAGCGGCCGUGGCCGCGGCCGCCCAGCUGCAGCAGCAGCAGCAACAGGUGCAGCAGGCGAUACUUCAGGUGCAGCAGCAGCAGACACAGCAAGCGGUUGCCGCAGCAGCCGCCGCCGUCACCCAGCAACUGCAACAGCAACAACAGGCCGUCGUACAGCAGGCCGUCGUGCAGCAGCAACAGCAGCAGGUGCAGGUGCAGCAGCAGGUCCAGCAGCAGGUGCAGCAAGCCAACACGAACGGCAACUCGGGCGGCGCCCAGAACGGCAGCAACGGCAGCACAGAGACGCGCACAAAUCUGAUUGUGAACUACUUGCCACAGACGAUGACGGAGGACGAGAUCCGUUCGCUGUUCAGCAGCGUGGGCGAGAUUGAGUCGGUGAAGCUGAUACGGGACAAAUCGCAGGUCUAUAUCGAUCCGCUCAAUCCGCAAGCGCCCAGCAAGGGCCAGAGUCUCGGCUAUGGCUUUGUCAACUAUGUCCGGCCCCAGGAUGCGGAGCAGGCGGUGAAUGUGCUGAACGGCCUGCGUUUGCAGAAUAAAACGAUUAAGGUGUCCUUUGCGCGACCCUCGUCGGAUGCCAUCAAGGGCGCCAAUCUGUAUGUGUCGGGCCUGCCCAAGACGAUGACCCAGCAGGAAUUGGAGGCCAUCUUUGCGCCAUUCGGUGCGAUCAUCACAUCGCGCAUCCUGCAGAACGCCGGCAACGAUACGCAGACCAAGGGCGUCGGCUUCAUACGCUUCGAUAAGCGCGAGGAGGCAACACGUGCGAUCAUCGCCUUGAACGGCACCACACCCAGCAGCUGCACCGAUCCGAUUGUUGUGAAAUUCUCAAAUACGCCCGGCAGCACCAGCAAGAUCAUUCAGCCCCAAUUGCCCGCAUUCCUCAAUCCGCAGCUGGUGCGACGCAUUGGCGGCGCCAUGCACACGCCGGUGAACAAAGGACUCGCACGCUUCUCCCCGAUGGCCGGCGAUAUGCUCGAUGUGAUGCUCCCCAAUGGACUGGGAGCUGCUGCUGCGGCGGCCACAACGCUGGCCAGCGGACCGGGCGGUGCAUAUCCCAUAUUCAUAUACAAUCUGGCACCCGAAACAGAGGAGGCGGCCCUCUGGCAGCUCUUCGGGCCCUUCGGUGCUGUGCAAUCGGUGAAGAUUGUGAAAGAUCCCACAACGAAUCAGUGCAAGGGCUAUGGCUUUGUCUCCAUGACCAACUACGAUGAGGCAGCCAUGGCCAUACGUGCGCUCAAUGGCUAUACUAUGGGCAAUCGGGUGCUGCAGGUCAGCUUCAAGACCAACAAGGCCAAGUAGACUGCUUCUGCUCUGCUCUCUCUCCCUCUCUCUUUCUCUCUCACUCUCUCCAA